UGGUGAAGAAUAUGGAUUGGAAGGAACUUUGCGGCAUUUGAACGAGUUGUAUUUUCAGGAAUCACAGGGUGGGACACCAGAGAAGGAAUCCAGCACAGAAGCUGAUAGCAAUUUGACGAGUUCUGUUGUCGAACGGCAAUAUGAGAGUGUUGAUGCUCUUAUCAACUGUGUUGUGGAAAAAUAAGAAAUCAGUGAGGGAAAGCCAGUUGCAGCUUUUACAAUCUACAAAUGUCUUCUCCAAUGUAAAUCUUUUGAGCCUGGAAGAACUAGUGUCUUUGAUCGUCUCAUACAGAUGAUUGAUUCAGAAAUUGAGCAAUGACCUCAUGGUUUACUGGUUAUCAAAUACUUCUGUAUUAUUAUUCUUGCUCCAGAAAAGUCUGAAGGCUAGGAAACCACCUCCAUCUCCCUAUGGGCGGAUGACUCCGUCCUUCCUCCUGAACAUCUUCCUGAAACUACAUCUCCCUAUGGGCGGAUGACCCCGGUUUUUCUCACAUCCCUUCCUUCUGCAAAUCAUCCUGAACCUGCCGAUGAGGGAGUGCGCCAAGUGGAAGCUAAGGUCCCUGCAUCACUUUUUAAGCAGCAGCUUGCAACCUAUGUGGAGAGAAUAUAUGGCAUACUUGGAGACAAUUUGAAAAAGGAGCUAUCAUCAUUUCUUUCUUUGUGUAGCCAGGCACGAAGAAGAGAAGAGGGUGUACCAAGAAGCUCAUUGGUAGAGGAUUAUUGAUAGCCUUAGCACGUUCCUUGAGAGAAAAUGUCGUGCCUCCUAUUCUUGUUAAGGAGAUUUACACAGACUUUCUCAUCAAUCAAUGUUCAGCUCUUUAAUAGUCUUCUUUUGUGCCGUGAAUGCUGUACAUUGAGAUAUGGGGAGUAUUUGAAUUCUGGAUUGGCUAAGUUGGAGCUAUGGUGCUGCCAAACUAAAGAAGAGUUUGCAGGCUCAUAUUGGGAUGAACUUAAGCGCAUAAGACAAGUUGUCAAUUUCCUGGUCAUUGAACGGAAGUACAUUAAUCUGUGUCCUAUCCUGAAUGUGCAGCAACUUUAUACAAUAUGCACUCUGUAUUUUGAUGACAGCUAUAAUAGCGGAAACUUAUCUUCUGAUGUAAUAUCCAGUAUGAGAGAACACAUGAUUGAGGAUGCUGACAAUGCUGUCAGCACCUCAUUGUUGUUGGAUGAUAAUUCUAGCAUCCAUUUCUCGGUCGAGACCUCUUUACUUCCGUACAAAAGAAGGAUUUCACUAAAAUGCUCCAAGCAUUGCAGCAGUGUCUGGCCACUUUAAAAACUACCGGGGUCAAACUAAGUUUUGGAGCAUACACAACCAGGCUAUAACCAUAAGAGCACUUGCAGUGAGUUGCUUGAGAUGAGUUAGAUCUCUUUUUGCAAAAUUGAUUUUUUUUUUUGGAAAUGUCUUUUUGCAAAAUUGAUAUGUAGACAUGUAGUACAUCUUUCUUGUUAGAAAACUAUACAAUUUUCCGGCUUGACAUUUUUUUCCUGCUUUAUAAAAGAAUAAUUCAUCAACAUACUUAAAGAGUAGAAGUGUAGGCGCGAUGGCUCUCUUGGCCUUUAGAAGAAGAGAGAAGAUGUGGCCGGCAACAACGACCAGACUUCGGCACUUCAGCCGUUCAGGAGAUUCUUAAUAGAUGAGCUUCAUUUCCGUACGUGUCUUGCUUCUUCAGAGUUGAGUGGUUAUGUUAGGAAAAUCAUGUUCAUUAUUACAUCAUGAGCUUCAAUUUGAACUUAUGGUAUGUUUAUUUUAAGCUUCUGGCUAUGGCAAAACUUUAUAUUG